AUGCAGACGCGCAUGCACGCGAUCCAGGAUCCCGCCAUCUCUGGGCCGAACGGCGAUGGGAAUGGAGGGACGGCGCCGGCGGAAGCGCGAGGGUAUGGGCGUGGUUGCGACAUUUUGAUCUUGAUGAAGCCGGGCAAACCCGUCCUGGGUACUGACGGGACACAUGCAGAGCCCGACGGCCUGCGAGAGCGCUAUCGGCAGGGUCCGCAGAAUGUCUAUCUCACCUGGAGCUUCGAAGACACAAGCGAUUGGGACGCCGAAGACGUAGAGCAAACGGCCGCAGCCGGGGUUACUGCUCAGCGAGUGGAGUGGGUAGGAGUAGUGGGUGAUCUGUCCCAGCAGCAGGGCCACCAGCAGUGGCAGCAGGCGAGUCACCUCAUGCCGCCCGCCCCGCCACAUCCCGCGUCCGCCUUCCCCUCCCCGUCCGCCCCCACUUCGGGCAAUCCGCUCAGUGAGCAGCCUUACUCGACCUAUUAUCAACAGCACUCCCAACCUGCCGCCGUUUCAGCACAGCAGACGCCUACCCUUGUCGACACCAUGUCCGCAGAUCGCGUCGUAGACCGCUCGUCCCUCUCGCUGAAUCUCUCGUCCCUCUCGGUAACGUCCCCUUCUGCGAUGUCUCCAAUCAACCCCUCCCCGCAUCCGUCCACCCAGGCAUCUACGCAUGUCUCGCCGAUUACCCCCAUCAGUCCCUCUGGCCUCCACGCGCCCUCCCACCACCACGCGCAUCACCACCACCACGUUCAGCAGCCAUUCGGCUUCGCCGCCCCUGAUCAUGGUGGCAUGCGCUACGAUGACACGCACUACGACUACACGCGCCGGCUCACCAGCAGCCGAUCGUCCUCAUCAUCGGAAAAGUCCGUUCCCCGAAAGCGGAGCUUCGGCACCGUGCCUGCACUCUCAACGUCCGUUGAGGAGCCUGCCUACGAUCAGACAAUGGAUGCGUCUCCGUACGACGAGGUGGAGAUGUCUUAUCCUGGCCUUGAUGCGGAGAACAGUCCGAUUGACGGAAGUACGAGCGGCGGAGAACAAGACGAUCAUAUGAAGCCGAUGGAGGCACAGAUUCCUUCAAGUAACGCGAGCACGCAUACAGGGAUGUCUAUGGGGCUUCUAAACAAGCCGCUCGGGACAAACAACUUCGUGACAAAGCUAUACCAGAUGAUAAACGACCCGAAGUCGGCGCAAUUCAUUUCGUGGACGGAGCUCGGCACCAGCUUCGUCGUGCAAAAUGUCGGCGAGUUCAGCCGCACAAUCCUCGGUUCGCACUUCAAGCACAACAACUUCUCGAGUUUUGUCCGCCAACUGAACAUGUACGGCUUUCACAAGAUCAACCGCCGCACUUCCGCGGACGUGCAGACGUGGGAGUUCUCGCAUCAUAAAUUCUUGCGCGGGCGUCCCGACUUGCUCGAGGAGAUUAAGCGUAAGGCGCUCGAGCCGGAUCCGGCGCUGAAACAUCGCGUCGAGCUUCCUGGCGAGGUCGCUGCGCAGCUUGCUCAGGCGCGGGAGGAUAAUCGCCGUCUUGCUGUGGCCGUUCACGCCGAGCGCGCGAAGGUCGAGCGUCUGGCGGUUGUGACAAAGGCCAUGUAUGACGUGAUGUCCCGCAGUUGGCCCGGCAGCAUUCCUAUGCCGUUCCCGAAUGAACUGCUUGAGUCGGCGGGCGACAGUCCCAACAUCUAUAUCACCUCUCCGACGCAUGGCGGGCCGCAUCCACCGUUUGCGCCGCCUUCGCUAUCAAUUGGCAGCUCGUCGCUGCACUCGCUACACUCCCUUUCGCCGAGCUCGAGUCCAACCGCUGCGGACUUCCCAUCUCACUCGCACACCCCCUCAUCACUCUCUCGUCAGCCAUCGUUUCAGCAUCUGCCUGGGUACGACGGCAUGCACCACGCUCACGCGCAUGCACUUGGGCAUGGGGUAUCCUCUGCGCGCUACGAGACAGCGCUAAGCACGCCGCUUCCGCCAUCGCCCGGGCUUGAUUUUGGGGAUGAUGGGCGACUGGGUGCAAAGCGGCAGCGUACGGGCACGGCCGCCGCAAGCGCGAGCGAGGCUAUGGCGAAGAAAGGCUCACGUGCAAGGAGCGAUUCUGCGCCGCUCGGGUACGGCUUAAACACCGGGUGGGCGCAGACGCGUCCACGCAGCGGGAGCGGGCUCGGACCGCGAGGUGGAGGCGGCGGAGGCGGCGGACGGAGGGACGAACCGCCGGUGCCAAACAUCGGAUCUCUGUCGAGGACACAUACCCUGCCAGCCCCGGUGCUGUCGAUACCCUCCGGUCCGAAGCAUUCGUCGAAUGUGUAUUAUCACGCGCUACUGUUGACACUGCAAGAACAAAACCACCCAUUCCAUACAUGCGUUGCGCCAAUGUACUCCCCUGGUCUAUAUCUCGAACUCGUCGUCUGCUGCUUGCGUGGUGAGGCCGAUCGCAGGAUGAACUUCAGCGUACAACCGCGAGCUACUGUCAGCUCCGACGCCACAGGUUCCCUGCCUGCCCCGCCCUUGUUCGGUCCCGCUAGAAUCGGUCUUUGGACGUGCUGCAGCGAAUAUGAACUUGAAGACCUGUCGAUCAGAGCUGAAAACGAGCAGAGAAGGGGGCCCUCAACCAAUGUGAACGGGCGUAGUUACACUACAGCGCCCGAUGGCAGCGAUCCGCGUUCCUCUCACGGCACGAAGCCGCGAAGCCUAUCACUUCUCGACACAUUCGAUGGCGGCCGUUCCGGGCCACGGGCGUCGUCGGUCUGCGUGCUUGGUCAAGAAGCUCGAGCGAAGGUUCGACCGCACGCAGAUAUCCAUCCUCCAAACGCGAGCGGUCAGUGUAUCAACGAGGAAGCCGCGCAGCCGCAUUACGGGAGUUGCGACACCGGUCCCAGGCCCAGACGCGCGCGCCACGCUGUAGUGCUGCCGGAGAUGGGAACUCGGCACACCGGAUUGGCCCUCACACGCCAUCACAGGAGGCUGGGGCGGCCCGUCUGCGGGCGAGAGGCGCCACGCCGCAGAGCUUUUUUUGCGAGCAGCGCGGGAGAACGCAUGUCCGAGUUGGCGAUGGCGCGCCUCGGACAAGCGAGCGCAAUCGUGGCCAUCUUCGCUAUUCAGAUAUACUUAGGCAAAUGA